AUGGAUAAUGCAUUGGGUGCAACAGAUGUUAAUGUAGAGAAUUUUGAUUUUGAUUUGGAAUUGGAUUGGAAACCAAGAAAAGGAAUGGAGUUUGAUUAUGAACAAGCAGCUUAUUACUUCUACAAUAGAUAUGGAGGAAAAGAGGGGUUUAGUAUUAGAAGGAAGAGUCAUGCUAAGAAUAAGAAAACUGGUGAAACCACUUCAAGAGUAUUUGUCUGCUGUAAGGAAGGUAUUCGAUCCAAAUAUAAGAGGGAUUACAUGAUUAGAAAAUCUAGAGCAGAGACAAGACCAGGUUGCCAUGCUGAACUUUAUAUUAAAUUGAAUAGGGAGAACAAUAAGUUCUUUGUUACCCAUUUUGUUGAAGAGCACAAUCAUCCUCUUGUGGUGAAAGAAUAUUCCCACAAGCUUCCUUUGCAACAAAAAGUACAAGACUGUCAAGGCAUUGAUAUAGACUUAGCACACGAUUCUAGAAUUGAUGUCACGUCUCUAUAUGAGUUGAUGGGUAAGCAAGCAGGUGGAAGAGAUGUUGUUGGGUAUACAAAACAAGAUAUGAAAAAUUACCUUAGAUCAAAGAGACAAAGAAGCUUGGAGUAUGGAGAAGCUGGAUAUAUUAUGAAAUAUUUUUCAGACCAAACAUUGGAAAACCCUUUAUUCUACCAUGCUGUGCAAUUAGACAGUGAGGAGCAAAUAACAAACUUAUUUUGGGCAGAUGCUAAAAUGAUCAUUGAUUAUGGCCAAUUUGGGGAUGUUGUUAAUUUUGAUAUGACAUACAAGAUUAACAAAUUUAAUCGACCUCUUGUUGUGUUCGUUGGAUUCAAUCACCACCGUAAGACUAUUAUAUUUGGGGUGGCUUUAAUAAUGUAUGAUGAAACAGUAGAUUCAUUUAUAUGGUUGUUUGAGACCUUUUUUAGGGCAAUGUCUGGAAAGGCUCCAAAGACAAUAUUUACAAAUCAAGAUGCUGCAAUUAAUGGCAAAGGCUCUUCGACAUGUUAUGCCAGAUGCAUAUCAUAG